CACACAGUCCUCUGUCAAUGAAGUACAAGGAAAGUAGCAGAAAAAUAUGUAACAACUCACCAUUUACCAUACUAUUCAUCAUAUCAUUAUUGAUUUCUGGAGCUUUUUUAUUCACCAAAGAAAUAUCGUUUAUUGCUAAAAUUUCCCUACAAUUUCCCGAUUUUCAACUUUUUCAAGAAACUGAAAAAAUCGCAUCCGAAAAUCGCCAGACAGUACUGCAUGAAGAAGAAACACAGAUAAAUGGAAUCAAAGCAGGGCCUGGUGAAAAUCAUGAUGAUGAAGAGAUUGAAUUGCCAUCAGGCAGCUGUGAUUUGUCUAAAGGAAAAUGGGUUUUUGAUAAUCUCACCCGCCCUUUAUACAAAGAAGAAGAAUGUGGGUUUCUUACGUCACAGUUGACUUGCAUCAGAAAUGGAAGGCCAGAUACGAAGUACCAGAACUGGAGAUGGCAGCCCAAAGAUUGUUCUUUGCCCAAAUUCAAGGCGAGAUUGUUGCUCGAAAAACUUAGAGGGAAGAAGCUUUUGUUCGUGGGGGAUUCAGUAAACCGAAAUCAAUGGGAAUCCAUGGUUUGCCUACUUCAAUCAGCCAUUCUUCCGGGGAAGAAGAACUGGAAAAUGGGAGCCCCACUAUCUGUUUUCACUAUUCAGGAUUACAAUGCCACAGUAGAGUUUUACUGGUCACCAUUUCUAGUGGAAUCAAAUUCAGAUGAUCCAAGAAAUCACAGCAUUGCAAAACGAAUUAUCAAGCCUGAAUCUAUUUCCAAGCAUGGAAUUCACUGGCAACAUGCAGAUUUUCUUGUCUUCAAUUCCUACAUAUGGUGGAUGAACAGUCCCACGAUGAAAGUUCUGCAGGGGACAUUUGAUGAAGGGUCUGUGAAAUAUGAUGAAAUUGAACGAUCCAUAGCAUACAAAAGAGUUUUGAGAACAUGGGCUCAAUGGCUGCAACAAAAUGUUGACCUUAAUCGUACCUCAGUCUUCUUCACCGGAUUGUCACCGGUGCAUCAAGAGAGCUCCAUUUGGAAUGACCGCGAUGGGAUAGCCUGUGCCGGGGAGAGAACUCCAAUUUCGAACUUGUCCAUGGUAUCAGACAUUGGCACAGACCGUCGACUCCUUGAUGUUGUGGCGAAAGUGAUUAAGACAACGAAAAUUCUGGUCAAAUUGAUUGACAUUACGACUCUAUCAGAGUAUCGAAAAGAUGCACAUACAUCAGUGUAUUCCAUUCGACAAGGCAAAUUGCUUACACCGGAGCAGAAGGCCGACCCUGCUACAUAUGCUGAUUGUCUUCACUGGUGCCUUCCCGGAGUACCUGAUACGUGGAAUGAGUUCUUGUAUGCCCAUAUAAUUUCCACAUAGCUUGACAUGGAAUUUGUUUAUUUUAUUACAUUUGUCUAUGUAUCUUGGAUGAUUACAUGAAUAUAAACAGGUCCAGAGUCUACA